AUUCUUUCAUUCAGGAAAUACAAUACAAUCAUUCAGUAUUUCUAACAUGGUAUCAGAGUCAUUGCUCUGACCCUUUCUUAGUAGUCUGUCUUCAUUAGUGUGACUUCCUUUCUUUUUAACGCUUCCGCCAUCACAACUGCCGCCGCAGCCUUUUGCCGUUGAACCUCCGACGUCAUCCAGGCGUCAUCCUUGGGUUCUAGACCUGCAGCCACCGUCCUUAAGGAGUUUCACACCGCACAAGAUCACUGUUUUUCGCAUCACUGCUGCGAAUAUUGCUCCGAUUUCAAUUUUGACGGUACCACUGAGAUCGUCCAAUGCCGAUCUACACAUUCGUGGAAACCUCGUCGCCAUCGGAGCCCGCACGCGCCCUCAUGCGCCACCCAAAGAUUCGGCGACGCUGAUCACGCCUCCACUCGCUAGGUUUGUUCUGUUGACGUCAUCCUCCCUGCCACGUCAGCUCCACGUCAGCCCUAGCUACGUCACCACUAUUGACGUGUCAGUGCCACGCUAGCCCUAGCUGACAUCAUCUCCACGUCAUCUGUUGACCAGCUAACCGUUGACCAGUCGUUGACCGUUGACCAGUGUUGACCGUUGACUUUGACCAUGUCCUCCUUACCCAGUUUUUCGCGUAAAUUUCACUUUUGCAGUCUGUUUUUGCAUAUGUGUUUCUAAAUGGAUAAAAAGGAUAUUUUUCUUUCUCGCCCCAUCAAUACUGUAUUGGAGGGAAAUAAAAAUUACUUAUCUUGGUCUCAAGCUAUGCGCAGUUUUCUUAAGGGUCGCAUGCUCUGGCAUUAUUGUACUGGUGCAAUGACUAUUCCUAUCAAGGGAGCAAGUGAAGGAGAUGUUGUUUUUCUUAAUCGCAUGAUUGAAUGGGAUAGUCAUAACCACAUAAUCCUCACAUGGAUUCGGAACACUUCCAUUCCCUCUAUUUCCAAUCUGAUGGGCAGCUUUGAUGAUGCAAAAUCUGCAUGGGAUAUGUUGGCCAAAAGGUACUCCACUACUCAUGGAUCCCUGAAAUAUCAGUUAGUGGUUGAAUUACAUCAACUCAGGCAAGAACCAGGGCAAUCCAUCAAUGACUAUUAUGAUCAGCUUCACUUUAUUUGGGACCAAAUUGACCUUUCUGAUCCAACUUGGACAUGCUCAAAAGAUGCUCAGCAAUAUGCUUCCAUUAGAGAUGAAUUUCGCCUCUAUGAAUUCUUGAUGUCACUUCACAAGGACUUUGAGCCCAUUCGUGGUCAGCUACUCAAUCGCAGUCCUGCUCCCUCUCUUGAUACUGCUGUAAAUGAGUUGGUUAGAGAAGAAGCUCGUCUUGCAACCCUUCAAGCCCAAAAUAAGCUCAAUGUUUUGGCUAUUACUCCAUCUACUCCACUCAUAGAGCAACCCCAGCAAUCAGGUGAUUCUUAUGGCUCUAGCAAUCGUCGCAAGCAGACCAACAAAAAGUUCUGCAACUAUUGCAAGCGUCCUGGCCACACCAUUGAGACUUGUUACCGUCGUAACAAAUCUACUGCUGCUGUUGCUAAUAUUGAGCCUACUCCGCCAAUGGCUUCCACCUCAGUUGAGUCCAAGUCUUCUGGAUCUACUAUCAACCUCUCCUCCACUGAACUACAGGAGAUCAUAGCUCAGGCUGUUCGUAUGGCUGGUAAUGCAUCUCUUUCCACUGCCUUGUCUGUUCUACCUGAUGAGUCUUUUGUUCCUUCUACAAAUACUUUUGAUCCUCCUUUGGACUUCUCUCCAGAUAUUUUUUAUGCUUCUCCUAGACAGAUUGCAGAUGAACAGAUUAAUGACGAGCUACCCCACUUUGAGACUGGGUCCCCUGCUCUUGCUCUGCCUGAAGAUCCUCCCCAAGACAUUCCACCUCGCCACUCAACCCGGGUAAGAUCCAUUCCUCCACACCUACUUGACUAUCAUUGUUACACUGCCCUUGCUACACUUCACGAGCCUCAAACCUAUCGUGAGGCCUCUACUGACCCUUUAUGGAAGAUUGCUAUGAAAGAGGAACUUGAUGCAUUAACCAAAAACCAUACUUGGGACCUGGUUCCUCUCCCUCCUGGAUAGUCUGUGGUUGGUUGUAAGUGGAUCUAUAAGAUCAAGACUCGCUCUGAUGGAUCCGUUGAGCGCUACAAGGCUCGUCUUGUUGCCAAAGGCUUUACACAGGAAUAUGGGAUUGAUUAUGAAGAGACUUUUGCUCCAGUUGCUCGUAUCUCAUCUAUUCGUGCUCUCUUAGCUGUUGCUGUUGCUUGUCAAUGGGACCUUUUUCAGAUGGAUGUUAAAAAUGCCUUCCUUAAUGAGGAUCUGAGUGAAGCAAUCUAUAUGCAACCUCCU